AUGCCGUCUGUGUUUUAAAGUCUAAAACCGAUUCUCGACCUUAAGCAUCUGUGAUCACAAAUUUUUAGGAAGGACGUAAGUGAUUCUGAGACGGGAGAAGGUGAGAGAGCCGAGCGGAAAUGCAGACAAACGUGGAGCGGGGCUUGGGCUCUCCCCUUCGCAGAUAAUGGGAGGAGCCCGCGACCAGCAAGCUCUUUCCUUUCGCUGCUGCGUCCGCAGCCAUGAGUAUGCUCAGGCUACAGAAGAGGCUUGCCUCUAGCGUCCUCCGCUGUGGGAAGAAGAAGGUCUGGUUGGACCCCAAUGAGACCAAUGAAAUCGCCAAUGCCAACUCCCGUCAGCAGAUCCGGAAGCUGAUCAAGGAUGGGCUGAUCAUCCGAAAGCCUGUGACUGUCCAUUCCCGGGCUCGAUGCCGGAAAAACACUUUGGCUCGACGGAAGGGCAGGCAUAUGGGCAUAGGGAAGCGGAAGGGUACUGCCAACGCUCGGAUGCCUGAGAAGGUGACCUGGAUGAGAAGGAUGCGGAUCCUGCGCCGACUUCUCAGGAGAUACCGUGAAUCCAAGAAGAUUGACCGCCAUAUGUAUCACAGCCUGUAUCUGAAGGUCAAGGGGAAUGUCUUCAAAAACAAGCGGAUUCUCAUGGAACACAUCCACAAGCUGAAGGCAGACAAGGCCCGCAAGAAGCUCCUGGCUGACCAGGCUGAGGCUCGCAGGUCCAAGACCAAGGAAGCCCGAAAGCGCCGGGAGGAGCGUCUCCAGGCCAAGAAGGAGGAGAUCAUCAAGACUCUGUCCAAGGAGGAAGAGACCAAGAAAUAAAGCUUCCCUCGUGUCUGUACAUAGUGGGCUGCCUGUGGCCUCAGGUGGAUCAGUCAUUAAAAUAAAAGAAGCCUUUGUCUG